AUGUCAAGAGAAAAUUAUCAGAAUUUCCAUUUUACAAGUCAACAAGUUGAUGAAAUAACUCGUAUAUUAAGACAAGUUCCUCAAGAAAAACUAAUGUCUUUGGAAUUACAGCCUUUGCCAAAGAAAGAAGUUCAAAUUUUAUAUUUUCCAACAGUAAAUAAUAAGAAUGAAACUCCCCAAACCGAAACUAAAGCUAAGGAGCCACAGCAAAAUAUCAUUGAUAUUCCUCUGAACUUUGAAAUCAAUACUCCAAAAUUACAAGAAAACAAUACGAAGCCAGCAACAGAAAAACAAGAAGCUAAAAAGCAAGAAGAUUUGGAUUCUUGGUUAAAUAAUUUGUUGGGUUAA